AUGGCAGAUUGGCAGAGGGAUAGAGUAGCUGCACCUCUGAAUGAAAUUGGGGUUUGGGUUCUUUCCCAGAGAAGCACCAUUUUCUAUAAGCUGCAGGAAGUUGAGAUGCAACCACCUUUAUUAGUCCAUAAUGCAGUUUUGCACGUUGAACUCAUAAAACCUCUUGAUCCUGAGUUCAAGAAUACUCUAGCAGAAAUAUUGGGAGAUUCUAGAUACAUGCCUCAUUUCAAGGAUUGUAUUGGAGCUAUAGAUGGCAUACAUGUUCAAGCCAAAAUAUCACCUUCUGAGCAAGUACCAUAUAUUGGUCGAAAAGGGAUACCUACUCAGAAUAUAAUGGCUGUAUGCAACUUUGACAUGCAAUUCACUUUUGCAUGUGUGGGAUGGGAAGGCACUGCUCACGAUACAAGGGUAUUUCAAUCAGCAGUUCAAAAUCCAACCUCGAAUUUUCCUAAACCUCCAAAUGGGAAAUACUAUGUGGUGGAUGCAGGAUACCCACAAAUCAAAGGGUAUUUAGGACCGUAUAAAUGUCAAAGGUACCAUCUUCCAGAUUUUCGCAGAGGUGCCCAACCAACAGGUUAUAAAGAGGUUUUCAAUCAUGCACAUUCCUCCCUCAGAAGUGUUAUUGAACGAACUUUUGGAGUAUGGAAAAAAAGAUGGAAUAUUCUACGGGACAUGCCUACUUAUCCAUUUGACAAACAAGUGAAAAUUGUUAUAGCAACAAUGACACUACACAACUACAUAAGAAGGUAUUCCCAACGUGACUGUGUUUUUGAUGAAAGUGAAAAUCUGUAUGAUAUUGAACAGAUGGGAAAGCAGCCUGAAGCAGAAGAUCGCAAUGGUCAUGUUUCAAGAGAAAUGGAGGCCUUGAGAAAUAGUAUCGCUGCAAGUUUAAUGGGGACACCUAUUUGA